UCAGGAUUUGACAUUUAAGUGGUCUUCGCCAACAAUACACCGGACCACCAACCCAUGGUCCAAUAAAAUGGGCAGAAUCUAGUUCGCUAUCUUGGUAUCCAUGGGAAAUAUAAAUGGGCGAAUUCCAGUAUACCUACAUCUUGAUUGGCGGGUACCUAAUCGUGCCACGUCAGGAAUAUUAUGAAGGGAGGAGCGGUGUCAGAAACGUUGAAUAUUCAAUUCAUUGAAGAAUACCAACCACCAGGCAUCUAUUGAAAGAUGAAUUUCGAUGGGAAGUUACAGCGCGUGUAACAUGUUCUUUAGUGGUACUUAAGUACCUAAAAAGCUUAAAUCGUUUAGCGCAACGCGUGAGGUGUUCUUGCUGGUUGCUCCCUUACAACGAACCGCCCCACAAGCCCCAUCUAUUUUUCAGGGCAAGGUUCCCAUUGCUCAAUUGUCGAAGCUUGUGCCAACUUCUAAACAAAGCCAUCCUACCAUCCUCAAAAUCAGCAAUCCCAUAAUAACACUUCCGUUAUUGAAUGAACUACACCGAUUUAUCGAUUUUGGCAGCAUCAUUCAAUACCCUCAUUGCUUUCUCUUCUUUGCUAUUGCUAUUUCCUGUUGCUAGAUUACUUAUGAUUGCUGGUCAAUUGACUUGAAAAAGUCAUGUCUGUUCGCGUGAUUGCACGGAUACGUCCGCUCCUGGAAAAAGAAUUGGACAAGGACGUGAUCGUACACUCCGCGAGCAACGACGAUGGCAAGACUACUAAUGUCGUCAAGAUACCUAACCCGAAGAAUGAAUCAGAGGAAUUCUCAUUCACCUUCAAUGGUGUAUACGACCAGUCGACGACACAAGAGGAGCUAUUCACAUCAGAAGUUGCCCCUCAUCUCAAGUCUCUCUUCAAUGGCCUCGACGUGACGAUAUUUGCUUAUGGUGUCACCGGAACCGGCAAGACCCAUACAAUGCGUGGCGGAUUGAAGUUGGCCGAGCGUGGUGUUAUCCCCAGACUUCUUAGUGGUGUGUUCCGAAGAGCGAAGAAGAUCACCAAGGAUUCCGAAGGCGAGACUACCGUAUUUGUCGCCCUCUCCUACUACGAAAUAUACAAUGACAAGGUCUUCGACCUACUCGAACCUCCCGAGAAGCGAACACCAUCGGGUCUACCUCUACGCGCAGAGGCUAACGGCAAGACUGUCGUUGCUGGUUUAUCCGAACGACCUUGUCAAGACUUGAAAGACUUCGAACGAUUAUAUAUCGAGGCCAACAACAACCGCGUAACUGCUGCUACGAAGCUCAACGCCCAUAGUAGUAGAAGCCAUGCUAUCCUGCGGGUUAAGCUUACACAGACCACUGGAGACAUGGUCCGAGAAAGCACAGCAUCAGCCAUUGACUUGGCUGGUUCGGAGGAUAAUCGUCGAACGGAGAACGACAAGGAACGGUUAAUCGAAUCUGCUGCUAUCAACAAGAGUCUAUUCGUGUUGAGCCAGUGCAUUGACGCCAUUUCAAGAGGAGAUCGCCGUAUACCGUUCCGAGAGUCGAAGAUGACGCGAAUUCUCUCACUCGGCCAAAACAAUGGCAUUACCAUCAUGUUUUUGAACCUUGCACCAAUUCGAAGCUACCACCUCGAUACCCUCAGUAGCUUGAAUGUCAGUUCUAGGGCUAAACGGAUCGAAGUCCGCGAGAUCGAGAAUGAGGUUGUCUUCAAACAGCCUCCGCGUGCCAUUUCAAAACCUGGUUCAGGCAUUACUCGCCAGCCGUUGCGACCCCUUGCGAAUGCGCAUAACAUCCAUUCGGGGGCUGCCGCCAAGGCCGCAGAUAAGCCUACCGAUCGCCCGGUGAAGGCUUUCAGUGUGUACACCGAUCGGCUAAAGCCACCGCAGCCUGCAUCGCGACCUAUGGCCAAUACCACUAUGAAGCGAUCGCCUUCUCACAUGCGUCCUUCCGAUUCUUCAGAUGGCGGGAGCCGGCCGAGCAAGAUCACCCGUCCGGCGCUAAUACCUAAGUCAGUCAAGCCACCGCAACCAACGUUACCCUCCAUGUCCGCAGACCAGAUUGAAGCGAUGGUGGAGAAGAAGGUGAGCGAGAUUCUAGCUUCUCGAACGCAGGCCGCCCCGGCACCGCCUGAGAUCAAUGAGGCUGUACAGAGACGUCUCGAGGCUCUGGAGAAGCGCAUCGAAGAUGGACGUCACGAUGAUUCCCGCUCGGAGGGUUUACAAUUCUUGCUGAUGGCUCGACAACACAAGGAGCGUGGAGAAGAAGCCAGCGCGCUUAAGAUGUAUGAGAUGGCUUUGCCUUACUUUCCAGGCCAAGCAAAGCUCCUCGGAAAGAUAGAGAAGCUAAAAGCUCGACUGGAUGCCAAACGCGGAGCUCGGGAUAUGUCACCCGGUGAAACGGGAGAUGAGAUCAGAAGGAGUCCGUUUAAGAGUCCGUCUAAGAGCCCGUUCAAGAGCCCGGCUAAGAAGCAUAAGAAGCCUAGCCGGCCAGUCGAAGACGACGGGUACAAUGGUGCGGAAGCAGACGACGAUGACGAUGACUUCAUGGGCAGAGGUCGUACGAAGACCAAGAGGUCAAGGACUACCAAGGCAUCCGGGGAGUCGACAGUGAUAGAGGAAGGUCCUGUAUCGCGGAAUUUGUUAUACAUUGUCAACUCGCGAGAUAUUUCCUUGAUCACUACUCUUCAGGGCUUCGGACCGAAGAAAGCUCGGGACCUGGUAGAUUACCUAGAGCUCAUGGCGGAGGAUGGUGGUCGCAUCAACUCGAUAGAGCAACUUAGAACGAUCCCCGGGAUGGGCGGACGCACUAUAGACCGUGCUUAUGAGGGCCUGCUCGCCUCUCCGGGAUUUUCUUAAUUCGGCAUUUUUCUUUUUCUUUCGCUUUUUCAUCGUUUCUAGUCGCUUUGCGAAGGCUGCAUUUGCAUCAGCUGGCGGUUUUUUCUUGGUCGUCUAGGCAUGGAUGGAGUGAACUGAAAUUGCAUCGGCACGGCGUUUUUAAAGGAGAUGGUGUAGGCAUAUGAUUUGUUGGGAUUAAGGCAUAUUCAUUCGACUAAAGUCCGUUGGAAGUUUUUCCUAGGAUAGCUUCAUAGGGCUAUAGUUUGCAUUGGUUUCACAGUAGUGGAAAGAUACGUAGAAGCUAUUAAGCUGAACAGGAUUGUUGAGAGAUUAAAUUGUUUUAAUUUGGGGUGUAUGCUUCGUGACAGGAAGUCUUAAUAUACUUCAUGGAAGGUCAGGGGGUUGACCAAUAUUUAGGUGGGAAGAAAUAUUGAUUGCAUGUAGGUGUGACUGUCUACUAGGUGGGUAGGUAAGAGAUGAAGUUGACGGGCCGUUCCGGUAAAGUCAACUUCUUACUA